AUGGAGUCCCCACUCUCAAUCUGCGAAGCAGAGAUCCUUCUUCAAACGCAAAACAUCGACGCUUUCACCGCUUCUUUCGCCGAAUCCCUCCAUUCCCUCCUACCCACAGCGCAAGAAAGCGCUCGCUGUCAAGUUCAACUAGACGAGGCUAGAGCUAAACUGAGAGACACCGAGGAUGAUUUGGUCAAAGCACUUGCAGUCAAGACUCGCAAAGAGGCCAAGCGAAUGGCUUUGGUGGAUGCUAUUGCUUCUGCAAAGGCUAGAGUUGAAGACCUCAAUGCAAGUAUUCAGGAGCAGCGGACCAAAAAACAAAAAUACGCUGCAAUUAUAUCUCAACAAAAUCUUUCUUUGGCUGCAUCUGAGAGGAAGUUAAAUGAAAGCGUUGAACAGAAAGAUGAAACACAAGAGGUCAUUUCCUGGUACAAUAGGGUCCUUGGUUUUCAUGUAAAAGGCGGUCGUGGGGUAAAAUUCACAUUCAAGAAUAUAAAUAUGAACAAUCCAAAUGAGGAGUUCUUUUUUACUAUCUUCCACGAAAAGGAUACAUACUCGUUAUUAAGCUGUGAGCCUUCCCUCAAUGAAACUAAAGAGUUGAUCCACGAAUUAAACAAGACAAACGAUCUAUUUAAAUUUGUCAGAGUAAUGAGGAAAAAGUUCCAAGAAGCAGUGGCACAAGGUAGUUUAGUUGUGACAGCUGGUGAACAUGAAGACUCUGCUUUUAACUCUGCAUCUGCUCCAGUUUUAUCAAUGUCAUCUGUUAGAAGUGAUAUUCUGGGCAAGGAGAAUGAGCACGAAGUUGAACCUACAGAAGGUAAUCCACAAGUCAAAAAACAAUAUGUUCGUGGAGGGUUAAAAGCAGUUUUAUCUCCAGGAUCUGCAUCGUCUGUUCGUCAGUCUUCUCGUUUGAAGGCUAGGAAAAAAAGUCUAGGGGAGGAUGCUAGCCACGUCAUUUGUUGA